AUGUCCGAGCAUCCGGCCGAAACCAAACGAUUAAGUCCCAUCGACGAGCUGAUAUCCCCUACCGUUCGCGUAAUACGGGAAGUGUACGAGGGUGAAAAUGCGCACGAAAUGUUCCAGUCCGACCUCAACAAGGCACUGUUCGAUAAGGUGCGGUUCAUCGUCAUCGAACCGACCCGACUCGGUGAGGAAACGGAACGAUGGAUAGCGGUCGGAAACUGUCUGCACAAAACCUCCCUAAUCAGUGGGGCAGCAUCGAUAGCCAUUAGUCUCAUCUGGCGGGAAAAGCUUACAAUCUACAGUGCUUCCUUCUGCGCCGUAUCGAUGUUCUGCACAAGCCUAUACGCCAUCUGUUGGACCUGUGAUCCGUGUGUAGAAUAUCAGGUGGAGCGAAAACAAAGAAACCUCAUGAAAAUCCCGGUACCGGAAGGUGCAUCUUCGCCGGUAGUACUGGUACACACAGGUAACCGGCUUGCCACAUAUAGCCACCGAAUAAUGACCGCACUAGCAACGUCCGUAUGCGUGUGGACUGUGUAUAGGGCACUGAAAUAG